CAAGUCAAACACACACACACACACUGUGUCUACGAAGCCACGCUGUUGUAACACAUGCAGAAUGAAAUAACCAUGGACCUCCCAGUAGAGACUUCAUCUUCAGGGCCGAAUUUUUCUCAAUUGUAUCCUGACAGAUAUGGAAGCCAUCAAUGACAUGGUCACUGAUUUAUUCCCAUACCAUUACAGAUGGACACUGAUAACAGUCUGGAUAAUCCUUUUUGUCUCCUCAUCUGACUGCAGCACACGUACAGCUUGAUUUUCAGCUUGGGCAAAGUCUCCACCUAAAGACGUUUUACUUUAUGAAUGCUGAACUGCACAAUCUGACACACUUUAUCACUCUUUUACUGUGAUGAAUACUACAUGGUGUCUAAAACAGAUCCAGUCCACAAUGCGUCUCAGUCUGUGUCUGAGGAAAUCUCUCCCUGUAAACAGUGGGAGGGGACCUCUGGUUUGGAGGAACAAACAGACUCUCUAGAAGUUGAGCAAACUCAGAACCAGGGCCAGAACCUGGCGGAGAGGAAUCCACAAACACUGGCCUCAGUUUGCAAAAAAGACCCAGAUUCUAAGGUAGAAAAUAUUGACAUGGACUCCAGCACAGAGUGUGCAAGCACUCAAGAGAGCAUCUUUCAGCAGGUGUCUUUGCCCAUUGUGAAACUGCACAGGGUAAAGCUUGAACCAGAUGAGACUCAAAUUUCAGAAUCUGACCUUUGUAAGGAUUCGAGCUAUUCCUGCACUGACCUACCUAAAGACUCAGGUCAUAUCUACAACCUUGAGUCAUCUCAGAGAUCGAUCAGCCCCAGCAGAUCUUCUCAUAAUGACCUGCUUUUAGUUGUGCCAGACAGAGAAGAGCUCUCAAACACAGCUCAGUUGAAUUUGAGAACAGAAGGAAGUGCUGAAAACGCGAGUGAAGACAUCCAUGGACAAAUGCUUUACAAGUGCAUUCAAUGCAAAAAGUCAUUUGAGGAGCUGGAGAAACUACAGGUACACCAGCAAGCUCACAAACGAACCUUCAGCUGCAACUGGUGUGGCAGAGGCUUUUACCAGUCAGCCGACCUUCGGCGUCAUAUGCGUACUCACACCGGCGAGCGGCCCUACCUGUGCACCUGGUGCUCCAAGAGCUUCAGUCAGCGGAGCAACUUGCGGCGCCAUGUACGAAUUCACACAGGAGAGAGGCCAUACCAGUGCGCCCUCUGCGACCACAGCUUUAACGAUAGCCACACACUAAAAAAACACCAACGCAAACAUCACGAACAGCGCUACAGCUGCUCUCUCUGCAACCAGAGCUUCAUUAUGUCAAGGUCACUCCAGCUUCACAUGGUCAAACAGCAUCUAAAUGACAAAGGUGGUCAAAGUCUAGUGGAUCUUCCAAACACAACAUAGACUUAACUGAUGUUACCUACUGUUUGGUCAUAUUCAGGGUUAUUUAUGAGUCUCAAGAAUACUACAAUUGUGCACAUCACAGUAUUGACAGCAGUGUGGAGAGUUAUGUGUGGGGUGUGUUUUCCCAAAUCACGAUAAUAGUGUUUCUCUGUUAUUCAAGUCUUGCAGUUUAACUUAAAGCAUAAAGACUAGUUUUAAUCUUUCCCAACCUUUAAGGUUUACCAUUUCUGAGGUAGUUCAAAUGUUCAGUUACACUUAACCUACAUAAAAAUGUGAACAAUUUUAAGUGACAUCUAAAAUAGAUGGAUGGCACAAUGGUGCAGCAGGUGGUCUUGCACAGCAUCAGGACCUGGAUUCAAACCUAGUCUAAGGUCAUCGUCUAUGAGGAAUGUGAAAUGUCCCUUUUAUGUAUUCACAAAUUGGCUGCUAUAAUUCCGGGUGGUUACUGAGUGGGAUUGGACUACAGUAAAUUUAUAUUUUAUUUUUGUUGGCAAAUCUGGUGUAAAGCAAAGCAGAAUUGAUUUAGCUGUAAAGCAGCUGCUUGUCAAUACUCUGAUGUCAGAAAUGACAUCUUAAGUAUCUUAAAGAAAAAAAUACCUACUUUAAAAUUCAUCAGUGCGCUCUUAAGCCCAGAUAAAAAUAGGAGGGUUGCAUCAGAAGAGGCAUCAGGUGUAAAAACUUUGCCAAAUCUGGUAUGCGGACAAAAGUGAGUUUUCCCCACAGUUAAUUCAAAAUCAGUUAAGUUUUUUAAUUUUGUGAUGUGUCUUAAAUUCAUGUGGAGUCCACCUGUUGCAAUUUAAACUGAUUUGACAUCAUUCGUUAAGGCAUAUAUCUUGGUCUAUAAGGAUGCACAAUUUAGACUGCAUUGCUAAGCCAUAAAGUCAAAUAAACUGUCGGUGGAUCUCUGUUAUGAAUUGCAGAAAUAUGAAACAAUAUCUAAGGUUUUUAAUAAAAGACAUAUGACGGCUUGUGUAGAGUUGGCAAAAUGCCAUGUAACAGAAUCUGGCAUCAAGAGGGAAAACAUUCUCUUGUCUGACGAGAUGAAAAUCUAUUUCAUCAGAACAGCACGUACUAUGUCUGGCAAAAAAAAAAAAAACAGGCACUGCACAUUACUAAUACAAUUCCUUUGGUAAAACAUGGUGGUGGCAGCAUUUAGCAUGUGUUAUUGGAGUGUGUCUCAGUGACAGGGACAGUGAUACUGAUAAGAAUUGAGGGACAUGAUUGCAGGAACAUUGUUCAAUAAAACCUCCUUCAGAGUGAACACAAACUUACACAUAGCGACAGGCCAAAACAUUCUGCCAAAACAACUUGAUUGACUUGUGACAAGUCUCUAAAUGUCCUUGAAUGGUCCAGCCCAAAUGGCUCAAACAAAAGUCUAAAGCAAUUAUUUAUCAGAUUAUUAUUAUUAUAAUUAUUAUUAUUUAUUAGAUUAUUUAGAUUUAUGGGCAAAAUUUAAAAUCCAUUCACUGCACAACAGAGUGUGCAAAAAUCUGAUACUCAAUUAAAUUUGAUCUGUUUUAUCAGUUUGUAUUUGUGAACUGUCUGCAGAUCAUUUUCAAUUUAAAUGGGCUGUUAAGAAAUAAAAACAUACAAAGCCAUAUCUUCUUUGGAUGUAUGGGUAUGGAUGACUUUCCCAGGAUAUCUGUUGAUGUCUUUACCACCUAGGUCUAACAUGUUUGUCCAAAAUUUUCUAUAGGGGUCCAGUGAACAUACCUAUUAAUUACAAAGGAUAUAUUAUUUAUGUUUAAAUUAGACAAAUUUACAAUUUUACCACAUUGAACAAUUAUUCUAAUCCGGUCUGCUUUAAAUUGAAAGGGUAAACUGACUGAUGGUAUUUUUACGAUGAUUAUUUUUUUGAAAGGUGUUAUUAUUAUUAACACUCAUGUGUUUUUGCUGUUCAUUCAUGGAACAGUUGUUACCAGUACAGCCAGCACCAUUUCGACAAUUUGAAAAUGAACAUCAUCGUCAGCCAACAUUAUCUGUGGUAGAAAUGUAUCAUCUUUAAAAUUCCUAAUGUGUUUUUAAGGUCCCCUUUGCAUUUUUAAACCCCACAGAGCAUGGUGGGAUAUAAUUUUUUUCUGCUUUUAUGUUUUUUUUUACUUAUUGUUUAGGAUUUUUGUUUAAUUUAUUAUUUAUUCGACCACUUAAUUUAUUAUAUUUUAAUUGUAUAUUUACUAUAUGUACUAUUUUUCUUCUGUAGCAUUUAAAACAGAAUUUCAUUUAAUUUAAUUUUAACUUGAUUCAUAUUGAUACUAUAAACUUUUCUGCCAUUAAAAAUUUGAAUGCAGUUUUGCCACUAAAAGAAGAUUAUAUAUCUUAAUACCUUUAUGCGGUAUGCCAUAUAGCAUUCUCUUCCAAUAGUGUAUUUUGACCACCGUGCAUAUCAUCUAGAGUAUAAG